UAUUGUUAUCAAGUGAAAAUUGAUUUUACACUUUUAAAUGUUCUUGUUAAACAUGUUAAAUGACAAUUAAAUUUGAACAAUCAAGCGUCAAGUUUUGUGUUGUUAAUGAAAUGAAGACGUUUAUUUGGUGGUUUGAAUAGUAAUCUGGAUCAAUCAUAUAUUGAAAUGUUGUUAUUCAACAAACGAAACAACAGAGUGAACCAAGAAUGACUUGAUAGUGUCUACACAAAUAUUGUAUUGAAUAGUGAAUCGUGUUUGCGUCAGCAGAAACAGUUCAAUUCAAGCUAACAAAGCUAAUUGAUUGAAAGAGAGGGAAGAAGAAGAAGAAGAAGACAGUUUAAAAACAAAAAAUUUAUUUAAUGUCUUCCAUGUUUUCUCGCAACUCAACGUCAUCGUCAAAAUCAUUAUAUCAACACCGCUUCUGCCUUUUGUUUCAUCUAUAAAGUGUGAUUUGUUGUGUUUUACAUCUUUCAACUUUUGCUAAAUGCUAUUUUAAUCUUCUCAACGUAACCUUUUUUAACAAUCAAAAUUGGAUAAUUUUAAAUAUGUUUUCAUUAUUUCACUAGCAAUUACCGUAAAGCCUUUAAACCGUUGAUUGGGUAACACUUGUAACUCCAUUGCUUGGACAAGGCGUUAUCCUUAUUCACAUGUGUUCAACCAAAUUUUCUGCUCAAUCUAAUCUGUUGCAUUGCAUACUUAUUUCCAAACGUCACUGUCCAAUACUCAUCUGUCAAUUGGUUUAUUCAUUUUAAAAUAUAAAAAAGUGUAGAUUUAAUUCAUCAUGUCGGCUGUCCUGUCUAAAUUAAGAGAGUUUAGUGAUAACCAUACAAUACCACACCACCAAUUCACCCGAGUUGCAUCGGGAUUAAUCUUUGCUUUGUAUUUCUACAAAUUUGGUACACCAGUGGUAUCUAAAUUGGUCUCAUCAUGUCAAGCCAAAGCCCAAUUCAUUCAAGAGAAGAUUACAGGACUAGAUAGUUUCAAUGAUGAUGGAACAGUCAAGGAUCAAGAUUUAUUAAAUUCAAUUAGUUAUCGACCGUCUACCAAAUCUCAGAAUGAAAAGUCAAAGCCGUCUGAAGAUUAUACCAAUUUUGGUAUUCGCGAUGGGUCAAUUUUAGACAUUGUCAUGGACACUAUUGUAAAAAGUUUAAGACAAUUUCAAGCUCUUACCGGUUUCAAUGUGACCUUUAUUAUACAAUUAGUUAAAUUAAUACGCAUAAUGGUACCAGGAGUGAGAACUGUGGAAGUUGCAUUACUUUUACUGCACACAAUGUCUUUGGUGUCAAGAACAUUUCUAUCAAUCUUUGUUGCUAACCUAGAAGGUCAAGUGGUCAAAUACAUUGUCCGUCGAGAUGUUGUCAAUUUUGCAUCCAUGCUGACAAAAUGGCUCCUGAUUGCAGUACCAGCGACAUUCAUCAAUAGUUCUAUUCGUUUUUUGGAAAACCAGUUAGCUCUCGCUUUCCGAACACGAUUAGUUCGUUAUGGUUAUGAGUUGUAUUUCAAAAAUCAAACAUACUAUGCUGUUUCUAAUCUUGAUGGUCGACUUGAAAAUCCUGACCAUUGUUUAACAGACGAUAUCAUCAGUUUUAGUCAACACUGUGCUCAUCUUUACUCGUCUGUAACCAAACCAUUACUUGAUCUAUUCUUAAUCACUUACACUCUGCUUAAAAUGUCUCAACAAAUGGGAUCCUAUGGUCGCUAUGGAGGAUAUGGUCAGUUGAUGAACGCUGUCGCCAUCAUUUCAACUCACGGUAUAUUACGCUGGAUUUCACCCAAAUUUGGUUCCCUAGUUUCGGAAGAAGCUCGAAGAAAAGGUUUCCUUCGAUCGGUCCAUGCAAGAGUUAUUACCAAUGCCGAGGAAAUUGCUUUCUAUGGUGGACAUCUGAUUGAAUUGAAUGUUGUCCAACGAGCUUAUAAAGCAUUGGCUCAACAAAUGAAUGUGAUAUAUAAUCAAAGACUUUGGUACAUUAUGUUUGAACAAUUUCUGAUGAAGUACGUAUGGAGUGCCCUUGGAAUGGUCAACAUAGCAAUACCUGUGAUGACCGGCAAAGGAAGUUCAUUUGCUAAACAAGACGGAGUUCAGCAAAACGAUGGUGGCUAUGAUCAUGAGGAUAUCAGUGAACGUACACAAUAUAUGACUACUGCUAAAAAUAUUUUGAUUGCUGGCGGUGAUGCUGCUGAAAGACUUAUGUCUUCUUAUAAAGAACUCAUUGAAUUAACCGGUUACACCAAACGAGUUGCUCGUAUGUUUACUGUCUUCGAAGAAGUUAGCCAAGGAAAAUAUAAAAAAAUUGGAACCGAGUCAUCUAAGAAACGAGGAGCCCUUCCACCUGAUGUUUGCUUUACCGCUGAAGGUAUUCUUGCUCAAAAAGGGAUAGUUAUUCAAGUUGAGGAUUACAUCGAGUUGACUGACGUACCUGUUAUCACUCCGAAUUACGAUGUUAUAGUUCCCAAAUUGUCUUUCAAGAUGACUAGAGAUAUGCAUUUAUUGAUUACUGGGCCAAAUGGAUGUGGUAAAAGUUCACUAUUUCGUAUACUUGCCGGUCUUUGGCCAAUCUUUGGUGGUAAACUCCAUAGACCUUCAACCAAAGAGAUGUUUUAUAUUCCUCAGCGCCCUUACAUGUCAUUAGGAACUUUACGUGAUCAAGUAAUUUACCCUGAUUGUAUUGAAGAUAUGAAACGAAAAGGAAUCACUGAUUUGGAUUUAGAGAAAAUCCUAAGCCAAGUUCAUCUCGACUAUUUAAUAAGGAAAGAUGAAAGUUGGGAUAGAAGAGCUGAUUGGAAGGAUACUCUAUCUGGCGGAGAGAAACAACGGAUUGGGGUCGCUCGUCUAUUUUAUCAUAGACCUAAAUAUGCCUUGCUUGAUGAAUGUACCAGUGCUGUAUCUAUCGAUGUUGAAAGCAAAAUGUACCAAUUAACAAAAGAUUAUGGAAUCAAUUUGAUUACAAUCACUCAUCGACCUUCUCUCUGGAAAUUUCACACUCAUUUAUUACAAUUUGAUGGAUCCGGUGGUUGGAGAUUGGAACCAUUAGAUACAAAUGCUCGAUUAACUUUACGAGAGGAAAAACAAAAGCUCGAGGAACAAUUGGACGGUGUGCCCAACAUUCAACGCCGUUUAGUUGAGCUUUGUUCAAUUUUGGGUGAAAACUCUGAAAUACUAGCGAGAGAAAAGUCAAAUUCAUCAGGAUCAUCUGAUGAAGAGAGGCCUGGAUCACCCAAAUCAGAUGUAUUUGAUUCUCAAUCACAACCUGAAAGCACUAUGAGCGAUUGAAUCGAUGGUCAAAAGGGCGACUCGGUAAAUUGUAAAAAGAUGAAGUUAAAGGAUGAACCUUGUGUUAUGUUGAGUUUGGAAAAGAUUGAAGCUUAUUACCAAAAUAUAAUCAAAAACGAUUUUGACUCC